ACGGGAAGCCUCUAAAAACGUUUCUGUGGAAUUCUGGCAGAGUUCGGUUACGGCGCGCGAGUGCACCGGUGCCAGAGGUCUCACCGCGGCCGCCAUCCUUCGGCAGUAGCACUUGCCCACCAGGGUGUCCUUGCCAGUGAGCAAGAAACUUCUAUUUCGCUGUGCGCCCGCCCGCUCGCCCUUACUCAGUUCUGGAUAAAGCUGAGUCAGGCAGCGACUCCAGAAAGCAGGGCGAGCGGACGGAAUUCUCCCUCCCUCCCUUUCAGAAACUUCUAAUGAACGCAGGGACGGCGGCGACGCAUUCGUGUGAAGAACGCUUCGAAAUUUUUUGCUGAUUAUGAGCAUGCGCAGUGGCCGGAAUGACGUCACUGGUAUCAUAAUAGAAUCCUUGAAAUCUAAAGAACCAGCUUCUUACUGAUUGUUCGUUUCACCUGAAAUACGAGUGGCCAAACUGUAGACAGCCCUUUGAGUGGGAAAGAAACCAUACGCAUCAAUAUUUGCUUUGUGAUCAUAUGUAUUCUCUUUAUGCUGCUCCGAGGGGGUCUUUCUUAUAGCAGAAUGAAACAAGGAGUGCUUCCAUUGUGUCAGGAGAUCUUAAUGACAUUGCAAUGUGUUAUGCUUUUCUCAUUAUGAGGGGUCAAACAAGUUUCAAUUUUCCUGAGCUGUUGAAGAGGAAUUCAUUUGUGAUAACUACAGUCAUGCUUCUCCAGUGUUCGAGAGAUUUCUUAAAAAUGGCAUGCCUUCAAAGUUCCCAAGUACAUCAAUACUUGAGAAUCAUUAAAAGGAGUUUGCGCACAGCUGUAACUCCAUGUGACCGAAGGAGAGUGGUUGUCACAGGUAUCGGGUUAGUGUCUCCCCUUGGCGUUGGAACCCAACUCGUGUGGAACAGCCUUCUCCAGGGAAAUUGUGGAGUUGUUGCUCUUGAAGGGGAGGAAUAUUCCUCCAUUCCAUGUAAAGUAGCUGCUUGUGUGCCAAAGGGAGACGGUGAAGGCCAGUUCCAUGGAGAAAGCUUUGUAUCAAAAUCGGAGAGCAAAGCCAUGUCUUCUGCUACCGUCAUGGCCAUAGGUGCUGCUGAUCUAGCAUUAAAAGACUCUGGAUGGUAUCCACAAUCUGAACUGGACCAUUUCAGUGCUGGAGUGGCAAUAGGAAUGGGAAUGGUUCCACUAGAAGACAUUUCUGAUACAUCCUUGAUGUUCAAAGCAAAGGGUUACAACAAAGUCAGCCCAUUUUUUGUUCCAAGGAUAUUGAUCAAUAUGGCAGCAGGCCAUAUUAGUAUCAAAUAUCAACUGAAAGGACCCAACCAUGCUGUAUCAACUGCUUGUACUACGGGUGCACAUGCUGUCGGAGACGCCUUUCGAUUUGUAGCCUAUGGUGAUGCUGAUGUGAUGCUGGCUGGAGGAACGGAGGCUUGCAUUGGCCCCUUGUCUCUAGCUGGGUUUGCUAGAGCUCGGGCUCUGAGCACUAGCUUUAACUCAAGCCCCAAACUGGCUUGCCGGCCAUUCCAUUCACUGAGAGAAGGAUUUGUCAUGGGAGAAGGUGCUGCAGUUUUGGUUUUGGAAGAAUAUGAGCAUGCUGUACAGAGAGGAGCUAAGCUAUAUGCAGAACUUUUAGGCUAUGGACUCUCAGGUGACGCUUGCCAUAUAACAGCACCUAAUCCAAAUGGGGAUGGCGCCUUCAGAUGCAUGUCUGCUGCAAUGAAAGUUUCUGGAAUUUGCCCUGAAGAUGUAACAUAUAUCAAUGCUCAUGCCACCUCCACUCCGCUAGGAGAUGCUGCAGAGAACCAGGCUAUUAAAGGACUCUUCAAAGAACACGCAUAUUCUCUUGCAGUAUCCUCAACAAAGGGAGCAACAGGUCAUCUCUUGGGUGCUGCAGGAGCUAUUGAGGCAGCUUUUACUGCUUUGAGUUGUUACCAUGGAAUUUUACCGCCUACUCUAAAUCUGGAUCAGACAGAGGCACCUUUUGACCUCAACUACGUUCCAAUAGUACCCCAAGAAUGGCAAAGUGAAAAACGGCGUAUUGCUCUCAGUAAUUCUUUUGGCUUUGGUGGAACUAAUGCAACACUGUGUUUUGCUAAUGUGUAGCGUUACAGCCCAUGUAUGCAAAUACUCAAAAAAGGUGACCUGUUAAUGUCCUGAAAAAUGUGUAGCAAUGGAAACCUCUAUCUGUUCAUUCAUUCCUAUUUUCACUUUUAGGCCUUGAAAAGUUUAUACUCAAAUUAAUAGCAUUGUGUAUUUCUAAUGUUUAGGCUAAGGGCAUCUUACCAUAAAUAUGUAAUAGUUUUUGUUCAUAUUUAUAAGCAGGAGGAAAUCAUAAUUAAUGACAGCUUCCUGCCCCAGGAAAUGGGGCCAUUUUCAUUUGUCAUAUGGGAAGAACAAUUGGUAUUUUAAUAUAUAAUGCUAAACCAUAAUUUGGAAUUAUUUUGACCACAGACUUCCCUCCUGUCACGAGCUGAGAUUUCUUCCUUCUGAUCCUUGUUUGUGGCAAACCAUAGUUUAUAGGUCAAAGAGGCAAACUAUGGUUUGCACUUGCCUGCAAACUAGGAUCACAAACCAGGAUCAAACCCUGAUUUUGGACAAAACAACAAACUAUGAUUUGCUGUAAGCAAAGGUCAAAUGGAAGGGAUCUGGGAAGAGGGAGAAGAUGAGCCCAAGGCAUGUCAGCACUUAUUCAUAUAAAUGCCAAACCAUAUUUUGCUGUUACUAUUGCUAUUUUUGUUGUUAUUAUUAAGUUAAGAAGCAUCCAAAGUUUCCUAGAUACUGCAAAACCUUUUUUAAAAAGACAGGCUCUGCCUGUGGGCUUACAAUCUAAUGGACACAACACAAGAUGGAAAAAAGGAUAGGGAGGGAAGUCGAAAUCAAGCAAACUCAGGCAACAGUUCUUAAAAUUACAUAGUUAUAAUUAUGAUGACCCGCUUGAAGGGAGACGGUUGUGGGAGGUGAGGAGUCAAAUGACAAUUGGUCUUUCAGCCAAGUUAAUGGAGUGGGCCAUCCUGCCCAUCACCCUCUCAGUUGCAGCCAGGUGGAACAGUUCCUAACAGAUGACAGCUUAGGGAGAGGAGGAGCCAAAAGGCAGCAAGAUUCUUAGAUGGCCAUGGCCAUGUCUGAAGUAGGAUACACACAACAGCUAAUAUGAAAGCAACUUCAUUGUAGACAAUUUGAUCUUAUGUAAAGUGGUCCUGAUUUUGGUAAAAUAAUGAGUUCUUGGGAGUGUUUUGCUUUCAGCUUACUGUAACUCAGGAUGCAAAAUCCCCAGAGGGUGGAUCCUCUCUAUUAAUUUGAUCAAAAUCAAAUCAAACAAAAUUAUUCAGUCUGAUCCACACUGUCUAAAGAGUGCAACAGAUAUUUCUGUAGAUUAGAUGAAUACCUAUAUACAUUGGAAAAGGAUAUCCCUGAGUUUCUUUAAUCCAAGCAGUUGUUAUGCCAAAAUGUCCAUGCAUUUGAGCCUGUUACAAGGAGGCUAAACUGGGAAAGAGUUUAGGAAACUGGGAAAUAAUGCAUCAGAGGCUUAAGUCCAGUCCUGUGCUUCAGCCGUUGACAGUUCUCAAAAGUCUAUGUUCCUGGCUGCUAACUAUUAUUAGUAGGGUAGUUUGAAUUAGGGCCCCUCCAGAUGCCCUUUUUAUUGUGCAUUCAUGAUUAUUUGUGCUCAUGAUGAUAUCAGAGCAGUUAUACCUGAACCAGCUUUCAAUACUGUUUGUGCCUGAAAAGUUCCAAGGCAGACUAACUGCUUCAUUUCCAAUGGGCUCGUGUCCUAUUACUUCCUGCUGAAAUCCUGCAACUUUUUAUACCACAAACAUUCGGGGUGGGGGUGGUUUGUCUUGCUUUCGUUGCUCUGUAAUGUAAGAGUGCCCCUCCAGACAACAGUAAUGUUGUAUCAUUGGGGAAGCAUCGCAGAACAACAGAAAAAGCAGAAUGAUGUGUGGAUAUAAAUAGAAAUCCACCACUAUUGCACCAUUAUCGAGACAUUGUGCAGAAUGCACCCACAAAAAACCACCACUCUGGAGGAGCCUUUAGUGAAGAGUUAUGAGCCUUCUCUUCCAAAAUGACCUCCUAGCAAGCCCAGCUUGCAUUUCAUUAGUUUCAUGUCCCACUCAUUUGCACUAUAUAAAUGUGACCUGAGGAACACAGCUUAUUCAUGGUCAUUCUUCACUCUUGUUUUCUUUCCCCUCUGUCCUCCAGUUCCUUCCACCAGCGUAAAACCUCUUAAAGGGACACAUUGCUUUCCCAUUCAAGCCCACGGUUGAGAGGGGUGCCACCAUCAAAAGCCCUGGGUGGAAUGACGGUUUCUCAAAGCAAGGACCCUUUGAACCACUAAAAUCAGAACUUUCAAAUGCUUCCAUUUGCAAUGCAUUCAAGCAGAGAGCACGCCACCAUCUAUAUAGUUUGACAGAUGAUUACAUAGUGCAGUAUAAAAUGUAUUCACUGCCCUCCUUUUGACAGCAAACGUAAAAAAACCAAGAAAGUUUGAUCUUGAAAGUGUUACAGUAGGAGCAAUCUCAGUGAAAUUGAAAAAUAAUCUGUUUCAACUGUUUUGAGUAAAGUGUGUCUAAAUGAUAUUUACCUACAAGCUAUGUCUUUCACAGCAUCAAAGAAAUAUAUGUAGGUCAAAUGUUUUAUCCCAAAAAACCACCUUCACAUUUGAAGCAGAAUAAUUUUGUAUAGUGUAUGUUGUUUGUUUACACCCUGCUCAAAAAUAUGGACAAACUAAUAUGUUAAAUGUUAAGGGUUCUUCUUACACACAUUUCCCCUUUUCUGCAGCCCUAUUAAUGUCUUACCUUUUAGUGUUCUGCAAACACAUGAAGAGGUGGGGGAGCUGGGAUGAGUACACAAGCUGUGUCUCCUCAUUCUUUAUUUCUCAUGAAGGGCAACUGUGUAAAAUAAAACGUGCACAGAGCCUUCAUAACUACAGAAGUCUCCCCAUUCCGCAAGAUCACCUUCCAUAAGUUGGAGGGUGAUGGAAAUUGGGGCGGCAGGUUCCUCCUGCCCCCCAUACAUUUACACAGAACAGUAAAAAGGUAAUUAUUGAAUACAACUUGUUUAUAAGUGAAAUGUAGCACACUGGAAUUUGCUUUCAAGUAAUGCUUCAAGGGUGGUAUGGGGGGCGGAUUUGAAACUAAUUUAUUGCUCACAGAAUCAAGCUAUCCUGCCCAGAGUCGGAGAAACCAGACGGAGGCGAGGUUUGUUCUAAUUCUCGUUUUAUUAGUGUGAUGGUUAUAUCCAAAGUGGUGUGCUUCAUAAACCUGUUUACUCUAACUCACUACGUUCCCUAACUAGUCUACCUAAACAGUCUCUGCAGAGUGUGGGGAGAGCUGACAGCACUAGAGUCCAGGAGGGCACCUGCUUAAGUAGGGAAGGUCUUCACGCGUAAACGACGGCUCCGUCGGAGUUCCACCCUCUGAAAGUCCCUCUUCUCAUGCCUUCUUGCACGUGGCGAGAGGGGGAGAGCCUCCGACUGCCCAUCCGACAGCGGGGCUUCAGUAGGUGAAGGCUUGGCCUCAGGAGGCAGGAAGCAGGUUGGCGGGGAAGCGCUUGAAGUGCCAGGCGGGGAUUCCGGCGCAGGUGGAGUUGGUGCAUGAAGGGUUGCUUCCUAAUGGCUCAGGUGGGGAACUCGCAGGCGGACUGGACCUGCCUCGAUGGGGUUGCCAGCCAAAGAAGUCUGCGGGCUGACCAAGUCCCCCCCUCCUCCAAUGUCCCCAGGGACAUCUUCCUCAUCCAGCUCCUCUCCUUGAUCUAGCUCUCCAUGCGCCUGGGGCACAACACAAACUCCUAAGAUAUUUUUUCUAUUGAAUGAGAUGCAUGAAAGUGUGGAAAGUACAUUCAAAGUGCACCUUCUGUGUUCCAAAGUGACUUGAGAGGGGUUCCUGUGGAAGAGCAAGGACAACCACACACCAGUGCACGCAAUGCAUGAAGAAUUUUUGUCUCAUUCCAGAGGGUGGGCAGUGAACUUGCCCAAAUCUGUGGGGGGUUCCUUCUGGUUUGGGGAAGGAGUCCCCUAAUGCUUCGAGGUCUUUCUGGACAUUUUUUGGUCUAGGUGGCAAGCAUGUAUCAAUGGCAUCAUUAAUAUGUGACACUGCUAAUGCUUAGUAGAGGCUUUUACAAAGGCUUUAGAACUCCCUCUUCCCUUCCACCCCUAAGCCCAUGAUGACUCCACACAAGAAAUUUGGAAGAUCUGGCCUGCAACAACACUGGAGGUUUACCUAAUUUGAUCUCUUGUUAUGCUUUUUCAGACGUAUAGCCUUCUGAAUGUCCCAUAUGGCCGCCUGGUCUAUAGAAUAGACCAGAGGUAGUCAGCAUGGUGGCCUCCAAAUGUUGUUGAGACUGCAACUCCCAUCUUCCCUAAUCAUUAGCCAUGUUGGUUGGGAUUGAGGGAAGUUGUAGUAUGACAACACCUGAAGGGCACCAAGUUGGCUAACCCUGGAAUAAACACACUGGGUGAAUUCUGAAUAAUAGCCAAGAUGGAUGAGAAGAGCCAUGAGGAGAUGAGCAAUAAUCAUCUCCCAAAAUUCCUUUAAAUGUGAAAAGUGCAUAUUCCAAAAGUUACAGGUCUUUAUUAUUAUAGUCAUUAGAAAUUGGAAAUUAUGUCUAAGGUUGCAGUUUUAACCCUGCUUACCUGAGAGUAAGCCUAUUGAAUUCAAUAGGACUUACUUCUGGAGAGACAUGGUUUUUAAAAAGAAAUUCUGGAAUUGAUUACUUGUGGAAUUAACUUGAUUUCUCAUAUUUAUAUGAGUCACUUAAAUUACAUAAGUGAACAACAAGCAUAUUCCUUUUGCUGCCUGCAUACUAAACAGAGAGAAGGAGGACAACAUAUGCAUGUUAGUUAUAGAAGGAUUUAGACUGUUUUAAUACCUCAGCUUGUAUAGAGCAAAGCAACCAACAAGAAUGACUGAAUAAUAAGUCUGGAGUAAAGAUCAAAGAAACUAUGGGGAAAUUAAAUCACAUCCUAACUAGAAGAGGGUGUCAUUGGGCCCAUGGAGAGGGGCACAUCAAAGGACUCUGUCCAUAGUUUCUGUAGCCUUUUGUCCCAAA